AUGGUUCCUUUUCCCAAAACAUCUUGUUCUUUUCUCUUUAUCAUUCUACUUCCGUCCUCUCUGUCAUUUUAUCUCCCUGACUCCAACCCCCUUUUGUCCUUUAAUAAUCAAGUGAGAGAAGUUCAUCUCUACACAGAUAACCACAGGAGAAGCAUGUAUCUACAGAUGACCCAGGAUGGCAGAGUGUCAGGAAGUGACAUUCAGACACUUUACAGUGUGCUGCAGCUUAAAUCUGUUCAACCAGGCCACGUAGUCAUCCAGGGACUGUCAUCAUCCCUGUUCCUCUGUGUGGACAGCGGAGGCCGUCUGAGGGGACAGACGCACUACUCAGAGGCUGACUGCACCUUCCAGGAGCUGCUGCUGGCAGACGGCUACACCCGCUUCCUCUCCUCGCACCAUGGAUUUCCGGUGUCGCUGGCAUUGAAAAACUCCCCAGGUCGACACACGGUCCCCUUUACUCGGUUCCUACCACUUACAAACACUCUGACAAGAGAGAGCAUGUCUGAACGACCACCAAACAGUCAGAGUCAUUUCAACAUGGAUACAGAUGACCUUCUGGGAAUGGGCCUAAACUCUAUGGUCAGUCCUCAGUUCUCAGCGAGGAAAUGA